AUGGGGCCACCCCAGGUUGUCGACGACGUGGACGUGGACAUGGAGCACGACGAGGACACGGAACAGGAGCAGCGGCUGAUCAACGAGGAAUACAAGACGUGGAAGAAGAACAGUCCGUUUCUCUACGACAUGAUCCUGAGCAACGCGCUCCCGUGGCCGACACUCACGACGCAGUGGUUUCCCGACGUCAAGGAGCUGCCCGACAAGAAGUGCCGGGUGUACCGGCUGCUGUUGGGCACGCACACGUCCGAGGGCCAGCCGAACUACGUGCAGAUUGCCGAGGUGUCGAUCCCAAUGGCAGGCGAGCCGAGCGCACACGACUACGACGACGAGCGCGGUGAUGUGGGCGGCUACACGGGCAAGGCGGGUGCAGCCGGCAACGGAAACACGGCGACGCCGGCCAUCAGCUUCAGCAUCGUGCAGAAGAUCGACCACCCGCAGGAGGUCAACAAGGCGCGCUACCAGCCGCAGAACCCGGACAUCAUCGCGACCUUUGCCGUCGAUGGCCGCGUCCUCAUCUUUGACCGCACCAAGCACAGCCUGACGCCGGCUGGCGUCGUGAGCCCGCAGUUUGAGCUGGCCGGCCACCGCCAGGAGGGCUUCGGCCUCGCCUGGAACCCCCACGAGCCCGGCUGUCUGGCCUCGGGCAGCGAGGACGCCACCGUCUGUCUCUGGGACCUCCAUGCGGCCGCUGCUGCUGCUGCUUCUGCUGGCGGCAGCCGCGUCGUCAAGCAGCCGGCUCGUCGUCUUACCCACCACAGCCAGAUCGUCAACGACGUCCAGUAUCAUCCUGUCUCGCGCAGCUUCCUCGGCAGCGUCUCCGACGACCUCACGCUCCAGAUCGUCGAUGUUCGCCAGCCGGCCAAUGACCGUGCCGCUCUCGUCGCCCGUGACGGCCACAGCGAUGCCGUCAAUGCCCUCGCCUUCAACCCGGCCAGCGAGUACAUCGUUGCGACCGCGUCGGCCGACAAGACCAUCGGCCUCUGGGACCUCCGCAACGUCCGCGAAAAGGUCCACACCCUCGAGGGCCACAGCGACGCCGUCACCUCCCUGGCCUGGCAUCCUCACGAACCGGCCAUCCUCGGCAGCGGCAGCUAUGACCGCCGCAUCAUCUUCUGGGACCUCAGCCGCGUUGGCGAGGAGCAGCUGCCCGACGACCAGGAGGACGGACCUCCGGAACUCCUCUUCAUGCAUGGCGGCCACACAAACCAUCUGGCCGACUUCAGCUGGAACCCGAACCCCGCCGACUCCUGGCUCGUGUGCAGCGCCGCCGAGGACAACCUGCUGCAGAUCUGGAAGGUGGCCGAUUCCAUCGUCGGCCGCGACGACGCCGACCUGCCCGUGGACGAGAUGGACCGGUAG